CAAACAGUUUUCUCCCUCUCCCUCUCUUACUUUCUGAGUGGUUCAUGAUUAGUUAUUUUUUCCUCUUCCUCCUUUAUCUCAAGAACACUGCCACCCUAGUGUAGCUGCGACGCCAUGGGAAUCUACGGUGUACUACAGCCUCUCCCAGUGCUCCCCCGAGCACCCUCCCCCGCCCUAUCAUGGUUCCAUCACCACCCUUUCUCCAACUGCCGAUUCCGCAGAAACAGAGAUGGCAGGAGGCAAGACAAUUGCCGCAUUUCGGGGCUGGUUGUGUUCGUCAAUCAGGAAGAUUCCCCUUCCUCCUCUUCUGGUUCAAUUUCUACUUCCACUCAGGAACCAAUUGAACAGGGCAAUCAACACCCCGACCCACAGGACCUUGAAUAUGUCUCACAAAUUAAGACAGUUUUGGAACUUCUGAGGAAAAACAGAGAUAUGCUGUUCGACGAGGUGAAAUUAACUAUAAUGAUUGAAGACCCCAGAGAUGUUGAGCGGAAACGUUUGCUAGGCAUUGAUGAUGAAAAUGCUCCUACACGGGAGGAUCUGGCUGAUGCUUUAGUGCAAGUAAAUGAAGGAAAAAUACCUGAAGAUCGUGAGGCUUUGCAAAUGCUAGCUGAAGAAAUGCUUGGGUGGCCUAAUCUGGAGGUUGAAGCUCCAAAGAAGACACAACCAGGAAAAUCUUUGUAUGAAAAAGUUACAGACACAGGUGUUAAUCCACAAGAAGCUGCCAAGAGGCUAAAUAUUGACUGGGAUUCAGCUGCUGAUAUAAAAGAUGUGGAUACUGAUGACGUGGAAGUGCCACCUGCUGUGGGAUAUGGAGCUCUAUACCUGGUAACAGCAUUUCCAGUGGUCAUCGGAAUUUCUGUAGUGCUUAUUUUGUUUUACAAUUCUCUCCAAUAAAUAGUUAGUUCCACAACCACGCCAGGUCAAGGUAAUCAAAGGUUAUUUUCUUUUCCUUGGCCAGCAUAUAUUAUUAUUAUUAUUAUUAUAGUAUGUUAAUAAUAAGUUUACCCAAUCAACAUGGCCUAUUAUUAUAGUAUGUUCAUAAUAAGUUUACCCAAUAAGUUUUCCAAAGUAUGUUUAUUA